AUGGAGCAAUCCACGUUCCGAUUUUUCCUUGUUCAGGAUAUCUUGCAUGGAUUCUAUGGGUCUGCAAGAGUGAAAGCCAUGGGCUGGGAUCUGAAGAAGACCAAGAAGGCAGAGAUGGACCUCGCCAUCGAUGCCAUCCUCAGGGAGUGCACCACCAAGACGCUAUUCUGCUAUGGAAAUGGGUCCUUCCGUACAGGCAUUAACCUCGCAUCCCCCCAUGAGUCCUUCAAGGCGGUCUUUGCGCAAAAGGCUGUUGCUGCUGGGCACAUCGUGGUGUUGGUCGAUGAAUACCUCACUUCAAGCAUUUGUCCCACCUGCCUCGAGUCGAAUGAGGUAUCCCGUCUCGCCAAGCCUACCACGAGGCGAGGUUUGGAUGCGGACCUUGACAAGGCCGACGCCUUUGAGUCGCAAGAGCCCAAGUGA